AUGCCACUGACCUUGCUCUCCCUCGUCUUCUUUCCAUCUCAGGAGUCUCAAGCAUUUCAAGCAUCGCAAGCAUCGCAAGCGUCUCAAGCAUCUCAAUCAUCUCAAUCAUCUAUCAGACAUAGAACUUCUGCGGUCAUGGGGAAAUUCCCUGCGGCCAUCAUCGUCGCCAGACAUGGCGCUCGCUUGGAUGUAGCGGACAAGAAUUGGCAUCUCACUUCACCUACCCCCUAUGACCCUCCCCUCUCCUAUGGCGGUUGGCUACAGUCGCGGGCUCUGGGGGCUCGCAUCAUCGAGGCUAUCCAGUCUUUGGACGACUCACCAGACUCCACAACACAAGGAGAUAACAGUGUCAAGUCGCCUUCCGACCGUCUACAAAAGCCAAAACCGAAGCGCAGAAUCAUCAUUCACACAUCUCCCUUCACUCGAUGUCUACAGACAGCCAUCGCGGUCAGCUCAGGGAUCUGUCAGAAUUCGGGCGAGCCAGAGUUCAACCAGCUAUCGAAGGUUCCCGGCUUAGUUCAGUCAAAUUCGGAUUCCGCCUUGACCCCAGGUCCCAUUACAUCAAGCGACCAUCGAUGUCUGCUACGGGUGGAUGCCUUCCUUGGAGAAUGGCUUUGCCCUAGAUACUUUGACGAGAUUAUCCCGCCGCCAAACUCGGAUCGCAUGAUUACUGCUGCAAAGCUCGAGCUGCUGCGUCGCGAACAUAAUUUCGUUCCCGAGGCGGACAUCGUCCCCAGACCCUCCGCUGGCUUUUUCCCUGGUGGCUGGGGAAGUGCAUCUACUCCGGUUUCUCCCGCCAAUGAUGUGACAGCGAAGUUAAAGACGGAGGCCCCACCCAGUACACGUCAGACGCAGGCACAAAGGUCCCGCGCUGGCAGCUGUGACACGUUCAGCGCUGCUGAAACGACUCGCGGACGGCGGCUGCUCAGCAAGAUCAACACAAACCUUCCCUCCAUUCCGGAUGCCGCCUACGUGCCUCCAACGCCCAGCUAUGCGAUUUCCCCGUCGGACCCCAUUCCAGCUGGGUAUGUAACGCAUGCUCGGGACGCCUGCGUGAAGAUCGAUUUCCAAUGGGACAGUAUGCACGGGGAGCAGAACUGGGGUGAUGGAGGCCAGUACGGCGAAGAAUGGAGUACGAUGCAUACGCGGUUCAGCACCGGGCUCGACCGCAUGAUUGCGUGGUAUCGAGACUACGAGUCAACUUCUUCCGGUCGGCCUCGACGACAUUCUCAGAUGCUCGACAGUUCUGGCGAGGCCAGUUCCCGUAAUGAAUCGGAUGACGAUACGGAGACGAUUUUGGUCCUCAUUACGCACGGGGCGGGUUGCAAUGCACUGGUCUCAGCGCUGUCCGGGGAGCAAUCCCAAGUAAAUUUCGGCACUGCAUCUCUCACCUUGGCGGUCCGCAAUGAUCACAUGCCCGAAAUGGUUCAAGAUAAUACUAUUGGCGGACCAGUUCAGACGAAGGGGGCCAACGAGCCAGCCAGCGUGGAGAAUUAUGCCAUGAAAAUGGUGGCUUCAACCGAGCAUCUCCGCAUCGCUGGCAGCACGUCACGUGUCUCUUCUCCGAGCCAGGUGACCUCCCCCUCAAUCUCGUCCUACCGGAACCGCCUAGCAAACCGCCCAUCCAUGUCACAAGGCAUGUUCAUCAUCGGACCCUCGUCGACAUCUGGCCCCGGCACUGUUCCUUGGAAUGCCGAGCGACCCUCUACGGCUGUCACUCCUAGGACCCCCGGGCUUUGGGGGUCCAGCGCCGCCGAUGGCCCAGAGGACGAUAUCGUGCCCAACUUUGGCUGGCCUGCCCCGGCGCCAUCGGUGCCUGGGGAAAGCUCGCUGCCGGCCAAGGUGGAGGAGCCGACCUCUGCCAAACAAGUGCCACAGCGAACGCUCUCCCAGCGCGGACUUUGGGGGAGCGCACCGCUCAGCAAGGACCGUGAAGCAGGACACAAGCGUCGCUGGACUGUGACUGAACGACGGCCAUGA